AUGCAGGCUUCGUGCUGCUCUGCUGUCCUGCAGCUCCUCAGCUUCCUGGUCGGUCUGAGCUGCAGCCUGGACCCCCGAGACCCCAACGUGUGCAGCCUGUGGGAGAGCUACACCACCUCAGUCAAAGAGUCCUACUCCCAUCCUUACGAUCACGUGACCGAGGAGCCGUGCUCGGACCCCCGGACCUCCUACAGAUGCACGCACCACAGGGUCAGCUACAAAACGGCCUACAGGCAGGCGGUGAGGACGGAGUACCGCAGGAGGUACCAGUGCUGCCCGGGCUACUACGAGAGCGCAGACAAGUGUGUCCCUCACUGCAGCGGGGAGUGUGUCCACGGUCGCUGUGUGGCUCCGGACCGCUGCCAGUGUGCGAGAGGAUGGAGAGGAGACGACUGCUCCAACGACUGUGAUGCCAAACACUGGGGCGUGGGCUGCCGUCAGGACUGUAAGUGUGAGAACGGCGGUCUCUGCGACCCAGCGACUGGAGCCUGUCAGUGUCCGCCGGGCUUCAUCGGACUCCUCUGUGAGGAUUCUUGUCCUGCGGGGACAUUCGGGCGGGGCUGUCGGCAGACAUGCAAGUGCAAAAACGGAGCGUCCUGUGAUAAAUCGACCGGAGAGUGCACGUGUCGAGAUGGCUUCACUGGGACUUUCUGUGAGAAGACAUGUAAAAGGAAAUGCCAGCUGCGAUGUCCCUGUCAGAAUGGUGGCACCUGUAAGGGCAAAGGGGUCUGCGCCUGUCCUCCUGGAUGGACGGGCGCCGUCUGCACAGAACCAUGUCCUGACGGGUGGUUUGGACAAAACUGUUCUGAGGAGUGUGUUUGUCACAACGGCGGUAGAUGUGACCCGAUCACCGGACAGUGCCGGUGUACCGAUGGCUUCACGGGGAACAGGUGUAACGAGGAGUGUUCUGCAGGCUCCUAUGGUCCGGACUGUAAAGGUGUGUGUGACUGUGCUAACGGAGCUCGCUGCUUCAACAUCGACGGGAGCUGCCUGUGUGAGCCGGGCUUCAGCGGGCCGCGGUGCCGGAACAGGAUGUGUGACCCUGGGAGCUAUGGCAUGCACUGCGAGCAGAAGUGUCUCUGUCAGGACAAACACACUCUCAGCUGCCAUCCAAUGAAGGGAGAGUGCACAUGUGAGCCGGGCUGGGCCGGUCUCCACUGCAACGAGACCUGCGCUCAGGGGUUCUACGGACCCGGCUGCGUGGAGCCGUGUCUGUGCGUGAAUGGAGGCGUGUGUGACAGCGCCACGGGUCAGUGUCGGUGCGCCCCCGGCUUCACGGGCCUUCACUGUGAGAGUCCGUGUAAAAGUGGGACCUUCGGCAGGAACUGCUCCAUGGAGUGCUCCUGUGAGAACUUCAUCGAUUGCUCGCCCGUUGAUGGGACCUGCUUUUGCAAAGAGGGCUGGAGAGGCCCGGACUGUUCGGACCCUUGUGCUGAGGGAACCUGGGGCCCAGGAUGCAAUGCCACCUGCCACUGCGACAACGAGGCAAAAUGUAACCCGGCUGAUGGUUCCUGUGAGUGCUCUGCAGGCUGGCAGGGGGCGCACUGCGACCAGCCGUGCCAGAUGGGCACGUUCGGUCCCGGCUGUCUGAAGAGGUGUAAUUGUGUUCACGCCAGUGGCUGCCAGCCCGCCGCCGGGGAGUGCCGCUGCCUGCCAGGUUGGACCGGUCCCCGCUGCAGUGAGCCCUGUUCUGAGGGUCUGUGGGGUCCCCACUGUAACCAGACCUGCUCCGAGCGCUGCCCCAACAGUGACACGUGUUUGAGGAAAACUGGGGAGUGCGUGUGCCGUCCAGGCUACUGGGGGGCCACCUGCCUGAACAACUCCUCUGAGCAGGCGGGCAGCGUCAUGGUCCCUCUCCCUCCGGGUGAAAAGGAGUCCUGGGGGGCCAUCAGUGGCAUUGUGGUUCUGGUCCUCCUGGUGGUCCUGCUACUGGCCCUGCUGUUGCUCUACAGACGAAGACAGAAAAAGAAGCAGAACAACACGCCCACUGUCUCCUUCUCCACCAGCCGCAGCGUCAACUCUGAGUACGCCGUUCCAGACGUUCCUCACAGUUACCAUCAUUACUACUCCAACCCCAGCUACCACACGCUGAACCAGAACCAGCCGCCGCUGCCGCACCUCCCCAACAACCACGGUCGCAUCAUCAAGAACACCAACAACCAGCUGUUCUGCAGCGUGAAAAACGCAGCGAGGGAGAGACGCCGUUUGUUCGGAGUCGAGUCCAACGCCACCCUGCCUGCGGACUGGAAACACCACGAGUCCCGCAAAGAAUCAGGAGCUUUUGGCAUCGACAGGAGCUACAGCUACAGCGCCAGCCUCGGAAAAUAUUACACCAAAGAGCUCAAGGAGCUGGCGGCUGCGAGCAGCGGCUCUCUGAACAGCGAGAACCCUUACGCCACCAUCAAGGACCUGCCCGGACCCCCGUUCGGACCCCCAGAGAGCAGCUACAUGGAGAUGAAGGCGGCCGUCCCCAGAGAGCGGGCGUACACCGAGAUCAGCCCGCCGCCGUUCCACGUGGCCACGCUGCGCCGAGAGCGGCAGAGCUCCCUUGGCCACGCCCCCCUCGAUGACCCCCAGAGCCACUACGACCUGCCGGUGAACAGCCACAUCCCGGGACACUACGACCUGCCCCCGGUCCGCCGCCCCCCGACCUUUGACCCUCCCAGGAGAAGUCUGCACUGA